AUGGCGACCUCCUCCACACCCAGGCGUAUCCUCAUCGUCUACACCGGUUCAAGAGGUGACUGGCAGCCGUAUGUUGUUGCUGGCACCAUCUUGCGUGAAGCUGGUUACGAGGUGCAUCUGUGUGGCCCAGGUGAUGCUGCAGGGAUGGCCGCUGACCAUGACCUUCCGUUUCAACGCGUUCGUCAGAGCAUCCUCCGGAACUGGCCCGACAAAUUCUCUGAUGCCAUCAGCCACGAGAAGAUGCCCACAGUACCGGUAAGGUCUGACCGAGAUGAGAUGAUUGCGGAGAGGAAGGCUCUCUACGAUUUGUUCUCGACUUUCAAGCCAGAGCUCGUUCUCACCGCCUUUAUGACCCUGAUCGAGGUCAGUAUCUUCAGCGAGAUCUUCGACGACAUCCCUUUCGUGAACUUCGCUCUUCAGACACCGGCGGGACGUGACUGGAACAUGGCCAGCAUCAACCUUCCGCGAUUAUUGAAACCUCUGAACUGGCAACUCAACAUGUUCAUGAUGUCAAUGAUCCUCAAGAUGCAACGGAAGGAGCUAGACUGCAUCCCGGAAGUCUUGCCUCCGGAGCUGCGCAAGUCCAUGCCCAAAAAGAUCACAACGCAACCUUGGCUGGAGCACUGGUCAGAACAAGCAGUGUUUCCAAAUCUUGUCGCACAAAGUACAGUCAUCAAUGGCGAUGAUUGGGGAAAGCACUACAAAACAGUCGUUUCGCUUGGUCCGCUCAUGCUGGGGGAUGCUCCGGUCUACGUCGGCUUUGGGUCCAUGAAGGUCUUCACGCCCAAGUAUAUGACUUUGCUCUGCGCCCGUGCCUUGCACCUUACCGGCCUGCGUGGCGUGAUCUGUGCAGGUUGGGCGGGUAUAGACCUGCAGCAUGUGGAAGGUGAAGCUGACGAGUUGGAGCUGACUGAGUACAUCAAUCGCAACGUGCUCUUCAUGCCCAAGUCACCUCACGGCCUCCUCUUCCCGCGGUGCCAGGCCAUCGUUCACCAUGGUGGCGCAGGAACCAUGAAUGCCUCCGUCCGCUCGGGGAAACCAACCAUCAUCAUACCGAUUUUGUUAGACCAGUAUGACCAUUCAAGAAAGAUCAAUGAGAUGGGCAUCGGAAAAGGCCUGAAGCAUCUUCGGCAUCAGACACCCUCGACAAUCGCUGCAGCAAUCAACGAGUGCAUUAACUCGCAGUCGAUCCGGACGAAGGCAGAGGAAGUUGGCUCAGCCAUGCGCCGUGAAGAAGAACAGGCCCCAGUAAAGCUGACGCAGUUCAUUCAGGACUACUUCCGGGACUACGUGGAUGGCGGCCGCUUCAAAAGCAUCAUGAGAGACGCGCGAGAGCGACGAGCGCAGCAGUGCUGCAAGUGCUGA